UUGAUGCACACAUCCGUCUGUGAGAGCAGCGUGGUGUUGCUUGUACUGAAACAGAUUUAAGAAUAAGAAGUCAAUAGUUUUAAGGAAAGUAGUAAUUGUUAUACGUUGUUGUAAGUGUAAAACCUUGAAUUGUCUUAUUUUUGAAUUUUUUGGGUUUUGAGCUCAAAAAGUGUGGGUCUAAGAUUACGAAUACAAAUUGAAGAUUAGUCUCAACUGACUGAAUCCCAGCCCUGGGCACCGGAUUCCUCAUAAGGUUACCAUGGAUACAGACGAUAGCUCAAAUGGGAUAUCCGCAUACAGUGAUAUGUGUGAAUCGAUGUGGUGGGGCACCCUGGGGUCUGUCCGCCCCUUUCCCAGUUUUCAUCCAGAGAGGGACGUUUCAUUCCUCCAACAAGCUCUGGAACAGAAAGAUGUGAACACCAUUGUGAGAAUACUGACCAAUCGCAGUAAUGCUCAAAGACAAUCUCUGGUCCGGGCCUACAAGUCCUUCUCGCAAAAGGAGCUGGAUGGAGGUCUGAAGAAGGUUCUGUCCGGUGAUGUGCAGUCUCUGAUAAUGGGUCUUAUGAUGACACCAGAGCAAUUUGAAGCACAUCGCUUACACAAAGCCAUGGAGGGUGUUGGUACAGAUGAAGAAAUCCUUUUGGAGGUUUUGUGUACAAGGACACCACAGCAGCUCUCUGACAUCACAGCUGCAUACAACCAAGAGUUUAAACAGGAUUUGGAGACAGACUUGCUCAGUGAAACCAGUGGAGAUUUUUCAAAGCUCAUUAUGGCUUUGUUGAAGAAAGGGAAUGGGCCAGCAGUUGUUGACCAAGACUUAGAAACUUUUUCCGAGGAGCUAAAAAACAAGAAACCUGCGGCUGAGAUUUGGAUCAAUAUACUCACCACACGAAACCCAGACCACCUUAAAACUGUGCUGAGUAAACUGGAGAUUGAAUUAGACCAGACAGUGGAUGAAGCUUUAGAGGGACAUUUUAAAGGGCUCCUUUCAGGAGAUCUGAGAAAGGGCUUAAAGACACUAGUACACUCUAUACAGAACAAGCCUAUGUAUUUGGCCCAGCGGAUCCAAAAUAUGAAAGUACCAUUGCUCCAGGGUGUGAUGGUGUCUCACAGUGAGGAAGAUCUGCUGAGCAUUCGAGUGGCGUACCUUCAAGCAACAGGGACGUCCCUUUACACUGCCUUACAGAAGCAGUUCAAAGGUGAACUCCAGCAGGCUUUGUUGGCUAUAUGCCGUGCCGAAGAUUAGGAACACAAAUACGCAGCAGAUGUGUAAAACACCGGGGGUAUAUAUUACAACUGAUAAACGUCUGUGUACAUACAGUGAAAGAACACUUUAUCCAUAAAGAGCUGUUAAACAGGAGAUUUGCUUAGGAAAAUAACUAAAUAAAACACAUUACUUGCCAUUUUAAAAUCUUGUUUUUUUUAUAAAUCCCACCUUUAUUAGUUGCCUGUAAGAGCUUAAAGAGGACGGGAACAGAUAAGAGAUCUCUGACCCACAGUCAAGCUGUUAAAUAUGAUGCAAACAGGCGAGUUCAUGGUGAUCCAAACGUUUUCUGUUAUUUUAUGGAUUUGAUUAGAGGAACGUGUGUAAGAUUUCUUCAAAAAGAUACAGAGGUGUCAUAAAAGAUACCGAUAGAAGAAUUAUUAAUGUUCACAGUUACAAUAGUUCAGCAUUAGCUGGAUUGUUUGAAUAUUGUUUAUUGUCCCUUAAAUAACAAUUAUAAUUUAAUGAUUUGCAUGCCCUAAAAUGUGUGAAGAUCAAAACUACAGCAUGUAGAAGUUUGCUUUUAAUUAAAAAUCAUGUAAAAUGCUGUGUAGCUUUUGUUACUUUUGUAUUGUUCGUUUAAUCUUUAUUAUGGGUUAUUAAUAAUAUGGCAGCAAUUCCAAUUCAGUUUUCUGGCACCGCUGCUCAUCUUCUUCUCCACCUCUGAUUCCUAUUAUCUGUGU